GGCGUGAAAAGCACAAUUCAAUGGCACAAAGAGCCAGGUGCUGUGUCAAUGCGUAUAAUCGCCGUACACCCGAUGGAGUAAGGGGCGUUUUGUGCGUCCUGGGAUGUUGCCUCAUCCAUCUGGGGUAUGGUUACUUCUAUACCAUCGGAAACAUGGGCACUUAUAUCACAGCGUAUAUGAGCCACCGCGAUGUGACGGUCACAAAAAAUGACAUGCUACUUUUGACCGCAGUACUGAUUGGUUUCGAGUCACUGGCAAUGCCCAUCGGUGGAUUGGUGCACAAGAAAAUAGGCCUACGUCCACUCGUGCUAGUCAGUGCGCUGAUCCAAGUUGCUGCGAUCAUGGUGACUUACUUCACUGUCAAAACAAUAUUUAUCGCAGUGCUGAUCACUUACGGGAUCCUGCAAGGUAUUGGACUUGGUUCCGGUUACUCAGUACUGGUCUCUGUUGCUGCUCAAUGGUUUCCUACCCGCAAAAGUCUAGUGGUCGGUUUGGUUUUGGGCUCCUUCGCAGCUGGUGGAUUCGUGUUUACUCCAAUACAAACGGCGUACAUCAAUCCGUCCAAUGUGAAGCCAGACAACCGUACAGGAUUAUUCCUCGACACCGAGUUGAUAGGCCGUAUUCCGAAAGCAUUUCUCAUCUCCGGUGCAGCUGUAGCAUUGGUACACACGGUUGGCUUUAUCCUGCUCGCGGAGAAAACGGACCCGGUGUUAGAAAUAGAUGCACCCACAGAAAUCACUCUGGUAGACCAACAUGAGUUACAGGAGGUGAAAAAACCAUCACAUUGCUUACCAAAUGUUUCGCCAUUGCAUGCGCUGAGAACACUGGAUUUUUAUCUGCUGUGGAUUUGCAUGUGCGCCACUAUGAUUCCUACUACGUCUGUGUCCUCUUUGAGCAAAUUUUUCGGUUUGGAGCAUAUCAGAGAUGACCAAUUCCUCGCCGGCGUGGCUAUGGCUAGUUCAGUUUUCAAUGCAGUUGGUCGCGUUUUCUGGGGUCUCGUAGGGGACUACACUUCGUUCAAGGCACCCCUUUGCGGACUGUUUGCGUUGUGGAGCGCUCUAAUGUUCAGUUUUCCGCACUUGUCCACUUUGGAUGCGAACGCGCUGAAGGUGGCCUACGCAUUUUGGAUUUGUUGCAUGUUCUUCUGUAUCAGUGGUAAUCUGGUCUUCGUCCCAACAGGGUGUAGUACACUGUUCGGCAACAAACAUUGGGCGGUGAAUUUUGGAGCUAUAUUCACCGCUUGCAUAAUUGGUAGUGCGAUUUCCGCUGGAUUGUCAUUUCUGCCAGCCAAACCCAACGGCCUAAUGUAUCAAUUCACCAUCGGUGGAGUAAGUUGCUCGAUAGGUCUUCUAAGCAGCUUGUGGCUUCGUGAUUCAAAUCUGGCAAAGCCGCUGCGCAGUCUGGAUUGUUUCCUCCGGAUUCGUGAUCGUCUUUGUUGACCGGUCGCACCAACCACAAUGCCGGCUUCAUCUAUCAAGAUAUCCCUUACUCUGUCAUUUGAGGGCUUAUUGAUUUUUCUAGUUAUCUUAUUUACGUAACCCAAUUAUCAUUAGAAAGCACAGCACUCGGUUAAUACUAAUAAUAAUACAAUACAUACUAUUACUAAGUU